AUGUCGUUGGCAGCUCGAAAGGCGGUUCCUUCGUGCUGUUCGACUUGGACGGCGUCGUGCUGUCGGACCAUCAGCUCUACGUCGACACGGAACGCGGCUGCACAGGUAAAAACAAAACCUCGCCCGACACACUACGAUGUAGGAACUAGUUCAACGGGCUCGCCGUUCCAAAGGGAUGUUCCUCAGCAUCUCCAACGACCAAAGAACGAUGCACGCGACCUUUUUCCACAGAGGAGAGAUGGCCUGCAGUCCUAUCCACGUACAAACGUUACUCGGCAUCGAACUGCAGACAAUAAUGCAUGGCAGAAUGCGCGUUCCCCGCAAUAUUCGCAGUCCAAACAGCCGCUUUCAAGAGUGCAAAACUCGCCACAACUGAACAGGAACGGGGCACGCAAUGAAAGAAGUGGCCAGGCCAAUGGACGAGACUCUUUCUCGAGGGACCAGCCUCUGUCGACCGCGCGGCACAAGUUUGCAAACACGAACAAUGCACAUGGACAUAGAGAUGUACAGCAGGAACCAAAAUUGUCGUGGAGGGACAGAGAUGCCGUGAUACUCGCAGACACAUCCGAGUCGCGGGCGGAGCGAGAGCGACAUCGUCCCCAUGAACAUAAGCACCAUGAACUCAAAGCUAUAAAGGAGCAGCAGGAACUCCGCAAUCGAGCUGCCUUGCAAAUCGUUCGCGGUGUCCCAAAGUUGGCAGAAAUCCGAAAGUCGCGAGACAUUUUCCUCUCUAAACAUGUCUCUGUAGAGCGACUUGCCCGUCUGCUUGGUGUCCGACUAGAGCGACUUCAAACAGCCUUGACAAGGGCGGGAAUGACAGAGGUAUCUUAUGAUCAUCUAUUGGACUCUGAGGACGCUGCCCUCAUUGCCCCAGAGUUUGGGUGCAACAUCGUCGUAGACGAAGCUGCGGCAUUCGAUAUACUUCCACCACCCCUUCCUGCUGAUCGUUCUUCCCUCCCCCACCGUCCACCAGUUGUGACAAUCAUGGGACACGUCGACCAUGGCAAGACGACGCUGCUCGAUACCCUCCGCUCUGCGUCCGUCGCUCAAGGGGAAGCCGGCGGUAUCACUCAACAUAUUGGUGCUUUCUCCUUGCCCGUCUCGUCAUUAUCGACGUCCAAAAAUUCCAAGGAGACCGACGAUCGCAUCAUUACCUUCCUCGAUACCCCUGGUCAUGCCGCUUUCUCUGCCAUGCGGGCAAGAGGAGCCAUGGUCACGGACGUGAUUGUUCUUGUAGUUGCCGCAGAUGACGGUGUGAUGCCUCAGACAAAGGAGGUGAUUGAUCUCGUCAAAAGGGAGCAUGGCCACGUCGGGCUUGUUGUAGCAAUCAACAAGAUUGACAAGCCUGGUGCUGAUCCCGAUACUGUCAAGCAGAUGUUACUGGCCGAAGGUGUUCAACUAGAAGAGUUUGGAGGCGACGUUCCGGCUGUCGAAGUCUCAGGUCUAACAGGCAGAGGCUUGGAUACGCUAAUGGAGACGAUCUCUCUUGUCUCGGAGCUGAUGGAUCUUCGUGCAGAGGCAACAGGCACCGCCGUUGGAUAUAUUCUGGAGUCGAAGCAAGUCAAGGGUUUUGGCCCUGUCGCUACCAUCCUCAAUCUCCGUGGUGAAUUGACGGCUGGUUCACAUCUGAUUGCUGGACAUGUGCAAUGCCGAGUACGAAGCUUGACGGAUUCCAACGGAAAGGUCGUCAAAUCUAUUCCCCCAGGAACUGCCGUAUCUGUCGCAGGGUGGAAGGAGCUUCCCAAAGCGGGCGACGAGGUUAUCCAAGGCUCUGAGGAGGAUAUCAAACGCGCCAUUGUCAACCGUAAACGCAAUGACGAGCUCGCGAGCCAGAUUGAAGACGUUGCGGCGAUCAACGAGAAGCGACGAGUCGAACGUCAGCAACGCGCGGAGGAACUCAAGGCCGCUGAGGAGGCACUUCGCACUGGCCAUGCAUUGUCCAUGAGACACAGUACAUUGUCGGAGAUUCCCUCAAGCGAAGAUGGUGUGAAGACAUUGCGUCUAAUCAUCAAAGCGGAUGUCAGCGGAAGCGCAGAGGCCGUCGCAGGCGCGCUUGAAGGCAUUGGGAACGGCAUUGCAAAGACCAAGAUCAUUCAGUUUGGUGUUGGUGCUAUCACAGAGAGUGACGUUGAACUUGCAAAGGCGGCAGAUGCGAGUAUUGUGGCUUUUGGCGUUCAGGCGCCACGAUCUGUGGCUCAGUCGGCAAACAAGCUGGGAGUUAAUAUCAUCAGUUCUGACAUCAUCUAUCGAUUAAUGGAGACCGUGCGAGAACAAGUAAUUGCCUUGUUACCUCCGAUCAUCGAGUACAAGGUGCUCGGCGAGGCAAACGUUCAGCAAAUGUUUGAGAUUGAUCUCAAAGGCCACAAAAAGCUCAAAGUUGCUGGAUGCAGGGUGAUGAACGGGACUCUGGAGAAGAACAAAUCGAUUCGGUUGAUCCGUGGAGGCCAGAUAAUCCACGACGGUACUCUUGAUACUUUCCGUCACCUUAAAAAGGAUAUCACAGAGGCGAAAAAGGGGAUGGAGUGUGGACUUUCAUUGUCCAAGUUUGACGGUGACUUUAUGCCUGGAGACGUUAUGCAGAUACGACCAUCUCGGGCGUUCCUACAGCUUCCACCAGACCUCUGGUUCGAAGUAAUCGACUAUCUGCCUGUAACUAGCGUGGUUCACCUUCGAGCGGUAUCCCGCUACUUUGAUCGAAUAGUAUCGUCUCCAGUUGUCUGGAAGCGACUGUUGCGCAAAGUCAAGGUCAUGCUGCCCUUUCAACCUCAGUCGAUAGCCUCUCUCAGCGCCAAAGCGACAGAAUCUCUCAUUCGUCGUGCUCUUUGUCUCAAUAUCAACUGGGAGCGUGAUGCUCCGAUGGCCUUCACGAAUACUCUCCGCUCGGUGGAGAGACCUUACAUGAUCAGGCUUCUACCCGGCGGCAGAUGGCUCGUCGCAGCAACAAAAAACUCAGAAGACGACGUAUAUGCAGUCGUCGUCUGGGACCUGGAGAAUCCAAUCGAGCGCGGCGGAGGAUGCGCGCUGCUCGCAAAGUGCCGGACACGGACCGCUGUCAGCCAUCUGGUUGUGCGGUAUAUGAAGUUUGAGGGCAAGAUGGGGAUCGUGAUUGCCACCCUGCGACAAAUCGGAGAGAACCCACAUACAAAGACGGAGGUCUGCGUGAUCCACAUCUCCCUGCAGGACCUCGAAAUUCUUAGCGCGAACGGAAUACCGCCGGCCGCGCCGUUUAAACUCGUGGAGCUGCACAAGACGCGCUGCCAGAUAGCAUACAUGUCGAUUGACGGUACCGUCCUCAGCCUGAUACACCGGCCGCGGACAAUCAUGUUCAUUGAUUUGCUGGAUACAGCAACCCCAAAGCGCUCUUCCCAGCUCAAAAUCCACGUUACUGGAGAAGGACAGCGACAUUCUCUUCAAGCGUGCAAACUGAUUCCAACUCAGAACCAAGUAUUGAUUAUCCGACUUAUUCAUUCGGACGAGCACACAUCCUACUCGUUCGAACUGUUCACCUUUCCGGCAUGGGGCGAGAUUGCGAAGGAACCGAUACCAGUUCACCACGAUGUCUUUCCGGAGUUAGCUGCAUCUUCUUUCUCGAUAUCUGAGUCCACGGUGAUACAAGCUACCUCUGACCGGCCUACAGAGCGAGAAAUGGAGGAGAACUGUCAUUACGCAGCUCCCAUCUCCAUUUUCGCUCAUACUAUGGGACCAAAAGGCAUCAUUCACUAUCAGAUAGUUCCACAACUCAUUCGACCGUCCAGAUUUAAUGCACCCACUGUGCCACCGGAGCACAUCGUGCCCAAUGCCAUUGGGCAGAACCCGGCGUUUCCUCAGCCACCAUCCGCCCAGAACUACCCAUCUUAUCUCCCAACCGAUACGCCAUUUCAUAUUGCGCCAAUGCCAGUCUUCCCACUCGCCGCCAUGCAAAUGGCGGGUUAUCCUUCACAGUUACUUAACCUUCCAGGUACAAUGCAAGCAGGCGUCAAUGUCCCAGGGCUGAGAGCGGACAUGGACAUUGGUAUGGAGGACGUUGGGGAGGAUCUAAACGAACCACUGCAACCGUACUACACCUUGCCUGUGGUAAAAAAGGCGCAUUACUGGUUUGAGGAGCAUAACCAGAAACCAGCAGUUCUCCCUGGUGCGGAGAGGUCCGUGUUCUGGACUCGACCGACCGAGACACGUGCCGAUUCUCCACCGAUGCGGAAUUUGCUGGCCUAUAUGACCCGGCCACCACGGCAACGGCAAAAGUACCCUACAGGUCUGCGUUCCGAGAUUCCAGACCGCGAGUGGGAAUUUAUGCAACCCCCUGGCGUGCCGGAGAAUCAAAUGGGCAUGUCUGCCCAGGACGACAGGCGACUCAAGCAGUUGAGUCUCCCGCCAGAAUUUGUUGAUGCUGUUCAAGCUGGAACGCAGAACGCUGCGUUUGACGAAGGGUCAGGCAAACUGUGCAUUGUCGCCGGAAAGCCAGCCCAUAUCCUGUUCCUGGACUACGCAGCGUAG